CAGCUUUGGUGCAUGAGUUAAGAUGAACGUUUUGUUGACUGUUGUGCAUGAUUAAUGAGUUGUAACCUUAUAUGGCAAGAGUAUCCUUAGCAGAUUGGAAACAUUUGCUCACUUAAUUUUACUUCUGCAAUAGGUACGUACUGGCCCCAUGCUCCUGGCCUAUAAAAGGAGCUCGCACUCUGAAGAAUGACAAUCAUCUAGCUCCUAGCAUUUCUUUACAACCUUUUGCCCCAUCUUCUUUUCCUAUCUAAAAAUAUGAAACUUUUGUUGCUCAUCUUUCUUGUUCAAGCUGUUCUUCAGACCAUAUAUCUACCGGCAAGCCAAGGCGCGGUGCAGCCAAUGGAUGUCGGAUUGAUUGAGCAAACAUGCAAGCAUACGCCCCUAUACAAUCUUUGUGUAUCUAUUCUUGAAUCAGACUCUCGAAGUUCCAAGGCAGACGUCACAGGGCUGGCUCUCAUCUUGGUUGAUGUACUCAAGGCCAAGGCAACUGGAACUAGGAACUAUAUUAAGACGCUUCUCCGAGGCAACCUAAAAGGAGAUGUAAGGCGUGGCUUAAGCUCUUGUGCAGACCUAUACGAUAAUGUUUUAGAGGUUCUUAUCCCGGAAGCCAAUGAAGCUUUGCAGAAAGGUAAUCCUAAAUUUGCUGAGCAAGCUGCAAAUGAUGCUGGCGCCGAGGCCGGAUCAUGUGAAAGCAGUUUCUCAUCAGGUCAUUCACCUCUCACUGAAAGUAACAAAUUCAUGCAGGAUGUCUCAUCUGUGGCUGCAGCCAUUGUCAGGUUAUUGCUUUAAGGGGUUGAUGCGUUUUUUGUUAUGAACAUACCACAGAGAUACAAAAUGAAAUAAUGUCUUUAAUGGGAUAUUUUUGGUAGCGUAUUUCAAUUAGCUUCAAUUAA